UAACUUCGCGGGUUCUAACAAAACUGAUCAACAAAAAACCGUUAACUUGAAUGACUUUUGAAAGACGACGUCACUCACUUCCAACGACCAACAGGCGCCGCCAAUAACUGCAAUCGCCUCUACGUCACGCUCUGUGCAAGCUUCCGGCUUAUCAAAUAAGGAGAUAAGAGCUUUCAGUGCUGCGGUCACUCCAACAAAUAUUAAACGUAUGUCACGAAGAGCAAGAUCCGUUACAGCUUGUGACUUAUUCAUGUCUCAACAGAAGGAUAACUUACAAUUUACGACGCUGUUUAUUGCAUCUGUAUCCCCGCAAUAAUGCUUGCUUUCGGUUUAACCGUAGUCCGCCAUGGUGAGACGCAGUGCAACAAAGACGGACUUUUACAAGGUCAAAAGAUAGACGCUCCUUUGUCUGAUAUUGGAACACGUCAGUCUGAGGCUGCUGGGCUGUAUCUGAGGGAUGUCAAGUUUACCAACGUGUUUGUGAGCGACAUGAUGCGAGCCAAACAGACUGCUGAGAUUAUUGUGAGGAAUAACAGAACGUGCCAUGAUAUAGAAUUACUAACUCAUCCAUCACUCAAAGAGAGAUGUUUUGGUAUAGCUGAGGGAGGUCAAGUCAAAGACAUGAAAAACAUGGCUAAAGGAGCCGGACAGCCUUUCCCAGAGUUCACCCCUCCUGAAGGAGAGACAAUUGAGCAGGUGAAGGCACGUGUUAAAGAUUUUCUUCAGGCCAUGUUCCAGCGAAUAGUUGAUGACCACCGAGACAAAAUACAAGAUGAGAUAACUAUACCUAAAAUGGACGGGCCUCUCGCGGGACUCCCGGAUGAUGGGCUUUUAGGUGAACCUGUCCAUGCAUUGGUGGUGGGCCAUGGUGCUUAUAUGAGCAUAGCAAUGCUGUAUUUCUUUGAGGACCUAAAGUGUUCCUUGCCCUAUGGAUCAGACCCAGCUCGAAGGUUUUCCCUCUGUCCAAACACUGGAAUGUGCCGGUUUGUCAUCACUUUGAAAUGUAAUAAUGGAGACAUUGCACUUUCAGAUAUAAAAUGUGUGUUCAUCAACAGAAGAAACCACACCAAGUAGGAAAGAGUAAGCAACAAAAUGUUUACAUGUAUUGUGCAAGGAAGUGUGUGGCACUAGACGCUUUUAAAGCAACAGCAUGCACGUUUUUGUGGCCCAAACUUAACUUCAGGGACACACCAGCAAAGAAUAGAGUCCAUGUAGAUUAUUUCUGAUAACUGGCAAAAGAAAUAACAUGUAACUUAUUUGGCUAGCAAUAAAAGUAUGUCUAGCCAAGAUUAUAUUUGGGUUAUCAGUAGAAGAACCAUUACUUGGCUAAAUUUAAACGUUACACAACCCAUUCAACAAAGCGUUUGUUUUAUAGAAAUUAAUAUACAGUAAAAUUCAACAAAUUCUUUGUUUAAUACGAUUAUUUCACAAUAAAAUAAUAGUAUAAAUGAAUAUUAAUAUAAGUUAAAUUAAUAUAAUUUUUUUUUAUAUUAUUACCCACUAGCCAAACCGAUCAACAAACACAGACCGGAAAUUAUCUUUGGGACAGACUCUUGACUCCGAUGAAACUGUCUUCAUCUAAAUUUAGAAAUGUGUGAUAGACACAAAAAAUGUGAAUUGUGUUAAAAAAUGUGAAAGGGUCACUUUCAUCAAGUCUUGGCUUUAGUGAAUUUAAACAAAAUAUUAGCCUCCAGGAAUAAUGCACAAUAUUUAUUUUUAAAAUGAAAGAUUUAUUUAAAAAAAAUUCCCUUGCAGUGCACUCGCAGCAAAUAUAGGAAGAUUUAUUAAAAAAAUAUUUUUUGUAUGGGGGAAUAAACUACAAUCAUCUAGGUUAUUUAUUCAGAUUUCAAGCAUUGCCUUAGAUUGACAUGCAAGUUCUCAUUCGGACUAAAUUUCACUGCAAUAAAGGUUGCAGAGUAUUAACACGUUCGUUUGUGCCUCUUGUUUACAAAAACAGUUAGAGAGUGUCCUGACAUGUACUGAGUUUAUGUUGGUAAAAUCACUGAACAGUCAGAAACACAAACAGCUUCUCUGACCGCACUGGGUCAAAAUGUAAAAAAAUCAGGUUUCAAUUAAAUCCGUUUUUCUUGCAUUUUUUUUAUUUAUUUUUAAACCUUAUAUUGUUUCAAAAUAAAUUAAAUCUUUUUUAAAUAAAACAUCUUUAUCAGUA